UUAAAUUAAGAAAAAACAUAAUAGAAACAACAUUUUCAUUAUUAAUGUGACAAUAUUUGUAUUUUAAGUCGUUAUAAUGUCAAGAUAUUUAUUUCUAUAUGUUGACCAUUAACUUAUAUUUCCUUGUUGAAAUGUGAUUCCCUUAUGUCCGGGUUUAGAGUAUCACUAAAUACAAUUUCAGGAUGCCUUUUAUUGUCAUUGUGACAGUAUGGGUGUUGACAGUUGGUGCUGUUAUAUCAGAAUCUACAGAUCUACAUUGUGAUGGGGAUAGGAUUGUAGAGCUACAGGAAGACCAUGGGCUUAUCAGUUCAACACAAGCUAACCUCACCAACACCCAUCUCUGCCAGCUAUGGAGAAUACAGGCACCAUAUGGAAGCAGUAUUACUAUAAGGAUUCAACACUUCUUUGGGAAGAGCGCCUGCGAGUCUGGCUACAACCUUUACCUAGGACCAAUGCCAGAGUACUUUGUGUGUAACCAGUCUGCAGGGUUUGACCACACUAGCACUCCAAUCUUGUACCAGUCUAUCCGUGAUCAUGUCUGGGUCCGGUAUACAAGGGACAACAAGACUGACCAUAUUGCUCCAUCUUUUAACUUGGAAUUUGUCACAAGUGAGAGUGAGAAGUGUCAGUACCGAUGUUCAGACGGUGCAUGCUACAUGGAGGCCUGGAGGUGUAACUACAUCGCAGAGUGCAGGGACAUGGAAGAUGAGCUCAAUUGUGACCUGCCUUAUUCCACAGCCACAGAGAAGCCUGUCGGUGGGCUUUUCAAUGUUAUUAGUCCACAGACCCCGCCUCCCCAGCAUGGCUACCAGGUGUGUGUGAAGUGUUUUAUCUUAAAGAUCCAACGUUACACAUGCGUCCCCACGGCCAUGUUGUGUGAUGGAAAUAUUGACUGCAUCAACGAGGCCGAUGAACACAACAACUGUGAUCACCAGUGUGGUUAUGGGGAGAUCUACUGUUACCAGCCAGGACUACAAAAAUACAGCUGUCUUCACAACACACUAAAAUGUGAUGGGCACGCAGACUGUAAACACCAGGAGGAUGAAGACCCUAGUAUCUGCUCAUCAAGCUUGUGUAACCGUCGUCUAGAGGAAAGAAUCGGCUGGUUUUCCUCCCCUCACUUUCCAGAUCGAUAUCUGCCCAACUCCAACUGCUCAUGGGUCAUCCACCAGCUGGGAGCUCCAAUGAGCUCUAAAAUCCAGUUGCGAAAAGUGAUGUUUGACCUUGACAUGUCUGACCACACAUCAGUGACUAUCUACGAUGGGCCGGACUUUACCUACGAUGAGAUAGGAACGUUCACAAGCCAGGUUCCCCCACCCGCUGUCAUCGUUAGCACAUCCUCAUGGCUUAACAUUGUGUUCAAGUCUGGAAACCUUCCAUUACUCGCCAAAGGAUUUAAUUUCACCUAUCAGAUGAAAGGGACAUGCCUGCCAACCCAGCACGAAUGUUUCGGGGAAAGUGAGUGUUACGACCAGGCCCACCAACAUUGUAAUGGCGUGUGGGACUGUCCUCUCAAGGGUUCUGAUGAAUUGGACUGUGACACAUGCAAACCUGAUUAUUAUUUCUGUGGAAUCAUCAGUCAGUGCUACCACCCCUCUGAAAGAUGUAACGGAAUAGCCAAGUGCCAAAACUAUGCGGAUGAAAACAACUGUUCUCCAACCCAGUGUGGUAGUCAGAAUGGCACGUUCCUGUGCCGGAAUGGUCGAUGUAUCUACCAGAACUGGACAUGUGAUCACCAUGAUGACUGCGGAGAUGGCAGCGAUGAAGAGGAGUGUCCGCGUGUGGUAACAACCAAGCGGGUGAUAAUUGCAGCCAUCUGUGGGUCCAUGAUCUGUGCACUGUUACUAGUGAUCCUAGUGGGCUGUUCCUGCAAGCUGUACUCUCUCCGAGCCAUUGACAUCUCCCCCCAUCACAGGAUAGAAAAUCCCAUGGGACGACUAUACGCCGAGCUUGUGAGACGACGUGCCCCACCUCCCUACCAUGAGGCAAUGUUGACCUCAAGGAAUUUUGACGAGGUGCAACAAGAAUAUUUAGAUCAGCUGAGAAAUUCUAGUAGAAGAUCCAGACGAAGUGGUAGAGGAAAUAGAAGAAGGUCUAGGAACCAGCCAACUAGAGAUAAUCCAGAUGCUGGCUUAGUGGACCAAAAUGAUGCAGAUAGCAAUAACAAUGGGGAUAGAAAUGGCAACCAUAUUAUUCAUGAAAAUGGCCCACAGCUGAUUGUGAUUGAUGAGGAAAAUCUGAAUGAGAAUAAUAUAGAUGUUACAGACUCUUCGUCUACAACUCACUUACUGCCCUCUGAAAGUGAAUCUGACUCAUCUGACACUGAAAAUGACCUUGAUGUUGAUAACGGUAUUCAAGGUCAAGGUUACUCUGCUGAAGGGCAUGAAAUGGUGGAAAUGAAUGACACAAAUGCUGCUGUUGAUGAUGACGAUGAGAAUAUUUUAGUGAGUGAGAGGUUAUCAGCACAGUGGGAGAGAGUGAGUGAGAGUGAGGAAGAAUCAGAUGAUGUUUGUAUACUUGGAGAUCCUUUACAUAGAAAUGAACUUGACAGGGGUCUAAGGCACCAAAGUCACUGUGAUAAUGCCAGUUUAGACACUGAUGCUAGUGCUUCCAUAACGAGUGGGGAAAACCAAGAUGGCUCACCGACAGACCUGAUGGUGAAAGACAGCAGUGAUGAUGAUGACGAUGAUUCCUCGGACUCUGAUAAUGAUGACCAUGACAAUUCCAGGAAUUCGACUCCUAAACCAGACACUCGUCACACAAAUCCCCUUAUAUCUGUCCCUUCUGGAUCAAUGCUGAUGAGGAAUAUCUCACGCAACUCCUUGGAUUCCAUUGGUUCCGAGACAUUCAGUGAAAAUGAUGUCCCUAUGCAGCCAAUGGACCAAACUUCUCACUCUUAGAAUCACUGUUUUCUGUUUACUGGUUAGGGACCAUUUUACCCAUACCAAUUAUUCGCCUAUCUUGUUAAUCCUGUGUUUAACAAUUGCAUUAUUAUUUGUUGUUUUUUAUACAAAUGAAAGUGUGUGUUUAAAUGAAGUUUCAAGACAGAAAAAAUUUCCUUGAAAACCAGCAAUUUAUCCUCAAAAUUGAAAUUGCACCAGGUUGUGCCAUAUUUUUUGGGGGGAUUAUCAAAUCUUUUUUACACAACAGAAUGGAGUAUAUUUCAUCCAAAAUUACUCAUUAAAAAUAGCAACAUGUUCAGAUUUAUAGGAAAUAAAAAGAAAUAAAAUAUGUAAUUGUUUAGUUGAAAACAUUUUUUUGAUAUAUAUUUUUAGAUAGUGGGGGAAUUAUCGGUACAGUUCACUGUUGCUUCACUGGAUUUCAAUGAGCAUGUUAAGCAUGUGAACUUGUGUUAGAAAUAAGCAUUCACCAUAACUUUUAGCAUACUCUUACCUCUUAUCCAUUUCCAGGCAAGAAGGUGUCCCUGACCAGUAAUAUAAUUAUUAUAAUAUAAAAACUAACACUUCAGUUGCCACUUCCCAUGGUUACUUGUUCUUUAUCAUAAUGCAUAGAAAUAUUUUUUUAUUCAUAAAGCAUUUUUGACUUGUUAUUAGAAAAAAAAAUAAGAUUUUACAAGAACUUUUUUCUGAUAUAUAAUCUAAGAUGUAUUUCACCCUAAAAUUGCUUUGUGAAUACCGCCCCUGAAUGUUUUAUUUUUGUUACCUUAUCCUACAAAUCAUGGUAAUGCUGUUCACAGGUUAAAAGUCAUUUUUAGCCCGUCUGUAUUUUUCAAGAAAAAAAGUGUCAUUUUCAUCGGUGUCUUAAAGUGUGGCUAUAACUUACAAUCUUUUAAGAUAUUCGAAUGAAACUAGGUACACAUGUUGUUAGUGACAAUGUGCAUCUUGGUAUAGCACAAGGCCUUGAAUAAUUGUUCAGUAAAGCCCUUUUUGUGAAAAAACCCUGAACAGAUGAGCAUUUGGCUUUCUCUGUGUGGCGCUCUUGUUUGUCAUCUGUUUUGCCUUGUGUAUGUUUUUCCUCUACUAAAGUUACAGCUUUCCAUUUGUUUCUUGAUUGCACUUGACAUGGUUACCAAUAUGUGUUAUAAGAUUAUAUAUAUUGACAUAAUUUCUAGUUGUACAAAAUAAUGUCUUUAGUAAUGUUUUAUAAUUAACAUAUUUAUCUAUUGAGACCUAAUUUGUUUUAAAGUUAAAAUGUUAUCAUUGUGUUUACGCCUUUGAAGUCCUUCUCUAAAAUAUUCAGGUCAGUAAAACAAAUCUAACAUUCCUUUAAAUUGAUCUGGACAUUCUUUCUCUUUCAUCAUGUAAAUGUUUCAAAUAUGUGUAGUGGUAUAUGUGUCCACCUCUCACUCAAGAGGUUCAGGGUUUCAUACCACCAGGGCAUCUUUCUCAUGGCUUUCACAAUGAACACUUGAACUGAUUGUACAGGAAAUCAUUCGGAGCAUUGGCUUUCAUCACAAUCAUGUUAAAGGAAAUUAAAUUGGAUAAAGUAAUGUAAAUUAUUUAUAUCAUACUUGCCAACAUUUUGAAGAUUUAUAAAUCUCAUCAUAUCAAUAUGCAUUUAACCAUCAUAUCCUCAGAUGGUCAAAAACUUCUAUAUUCAAAACAUGCCAUGAAUGUGAACUUUUAUGUGUAAAAUAUGGGGAUUUUUUACCCGUAACAUUGUUAUGUGAUGUUUUAUAUGUACAUGCCCUUACAGUUUUUCUAAUGGAAAGGACAUGACUUCAUGCCCUUAACAAAAUGUAUGGCUUUAUGCUUUCCAGUGGUUUAUACAGAUUUAUCGAACAGUAUAAAUAUCAAUUUGGUAUUUUUCACCAUUUUGCAAUUUUGGCCUGCACUCACUUACAAACUCGCACAGGACUGGGACAUAAUUUUAACCAUGUCAUUUCUGAAACCAUGUUACUUGUGCAUGUAGUUUGACACAUUUUUGAUUAAAUGAAUGCAAUUAAAUGUCUAAAUACCAGUAUUGGGCAUAUGAUACCAAGAAAAAUUGCUUCAGUGCAAGAUCGCAAUAUAUUUCACCUACUGAACACCAAAAAAUGAAUAUUUCACUUGUGGCUAUCCAGUGACACAUGUAUGUUUUUUUUGAUGCUCACUUGAUGAAUUAUAUUACAUUAUGAUACUGAAACAAAUAAUUAUCCUCUAUUUCUUUAUCUUUUGUGUUGCUAACUAAUUAUUGAUAUCAAUAGGCCAAAGUGAUUGUAAAGAAUCAUGUUCCUACAUAUUAACAUUUCUUCUUAUUGUUUAUUCAAUGUGUUUUAUACAAGAUCAUAGAUUUAAUUCGCAAAAAUCAGAAUGGCUCUUACAUCAAACUUCCCUUUGUUGUACAGUAAUUUAGUUCUUCAAGGGAGAUCACUGUGAAUGAGAUUGGAUUAACAUGCAUAUCACUCUAUGUUGAAAAAAAAAUAGAAUGAAAAGUAGAUGUACACAUCUGGUAGAACUAAAUGACAGCUGUGGUUACUGUUAAAACAAUUCAAACUUUUUAUGAACAAAUUCUUAUCAAAUGUACCACUAUGGUGUCGUAGAGCAGAAACUAGAGCAGUUAUAAAUGAAAACAACCUGAAAGAAAUAACUAGUUUUCCCCCACUGUGUUUUGUUUAGCCCAUCUUGUUACAAUGUACAUGUUUUAUUUUGUUGUCUUGUUUGUUUAUAUACUUUACUAUGUUUAUUAUUACUAUUUUAUCAAAUUGCUUGGAAUAUACCCAAGUGCUCAAAUGUGUUACCUUCAUGAUUAAACAGUGCUUUAAAAAAAUU